UGCUGUUGCACGACGACAUUCGCGGCAUGGGUCACUGUUGGCCUCGCGGCCAAUGCUGGCAGCUGGAUCCACGUUACGUGACCACGUGCAAGAGAGGAGGAGGGGCGGGGGGUCUCACAUCCUCGCUAGGCCAAAUAGAAAGACUAUGUGUCAUCCUGGAUGACUCUUUCUAUUAGCACUUGUGCUCUGGCAGUGAAGGGUCAGCUGUUCUUCGUCUUAUGUUCCUACUCACUUCCCUGUCGGUGCAAGAGGCACGGGAGAAAGGGAAAUAUUCUUACUUCGGAAUGAUCUAGCUGCCUGAGGAAGCAAGCAGGAUGCUGAUAACGCGGUUCCUCACACUGGUGAUCGCGUCCGUGGCUGCCGUCCGGGGCAACGCCCGCUGCCCUAGCGAGUUACCCUGGAGGAUGCGACCGCAAGACUUCCCUGAGAUACCUCGUGCCUUUCAUCAUCUCCUGCACUGCCCACGAGAACUCAACAGUUGUGCCGACACCCUGUUCACCUGCGAUCCACCAGAAGUUGUCAAUACGACCCGACAAACAUAUAUGCAGACUUGCUCUUGCGCUACAAACUGUGUCUACAACAGAGACUGCUGCUGGGAAGUUCCGUACACGGAUGAUCCCCUUCCACCGGCUGCAUCGUGCAACUUGGUCUUCAUCGAGCCAACGCUUAAGAAGCAGAUAUACAUGGUUAGUAAGUGUGCCAACGGCUGGACGGAGCCCACUGCGCGAAGUGGCUGUGAGACUCCGGAAGAUUACCAGGAUGCGUUUUACCGCAUCCCGGUAACGAGUGACAGGGACGUAACGUAUGCCAAUGGAUUUUGCGCGUUGUGCAACGAUGAUCUCAGUACAGACGCUGUAUUCUGGAACGCCUCUGACAGUCCUAGAAAAGUUCCUACGCUGGAUAAACUGCCAAAGUGGGCUACGGAUCAGCCGCACAUUCAUCUAAGACCGUGCUCCUUCUAUGCCCUGUACGACACGUGUCCCAACGAUACCGAUCCACAUGUGGCGCGGAAGUGUCAGAAAUACUUCGCCCCGAUUACUUCCGAGGAAGACAAAGGCUCUGUUGUGUACCGGAAUGUGUACUGUGCUCUGUGUAACGGCAUUGAAAUGUCUAACUUGACUUGUGCUGAAACGAAGAACGUGACCAGCUUCUCCGCUGUAUUCCAGAAGGGGCACGGUAUGGGCCCGAACCUCGCAGCUAUACUCCGACCAGUCGUCAGUAGGAAGUCAUGCCUCGCUGAGCACAACGGAGUGUGCUACAUUAGAUCGGUAGGCUAUUACCACAAAACACACCCCGAGGUUAGCGACGCAAACAGCACGAACUCCACGGACACAAGCAACGUUUACUCUGACAGUAUCCAAGUCGGUUUCACAAUCAUCUGCAUCAGCUUGUCACUAGUCUGUCUCUUCCUCAAAGGAAUCGCCUUCGUCAUCAACGAAGAUGCUCGUUCAUUCUCCUCCGUUUGCAUAUUGUGUUUGUCCGGAACUUUGUUCGUAAGUCAGCUGCUGUUCCUCCUCGUGAACUCUUUCCCAAUCCCUCCGAUGGCUUGCAAGAUCUCAGCGAUGACUUUGCACUACGGGUUCCUCUCGACCCUCUGCUGGACUAGUGUCCUCUCAUUCGAUAUAUGGCGGAGCCUUUCAAGUAUGACUCAUCGCGUAAAGUCAUUCAUGGCAUGCAGCAUCAUAGCAUGGGGAAGCCCUUUGAUCGUCGUCCUCCUGGCUCUGGCAGUCGACACAGCGGUUCCAGGAUCAGACAUUGCGCCCCACUACGGAGAAACCGCGUUCAACUGCUGGAUUGGGACUCCCUGGGCGCUGCUCACCUUCUUCUUGGUACCUGUCGUCUGCUCGAUUUGCGUAAACGUAGGCCUGUACGUGAGCACCGUUAGGCAUGUGAGAGACAAAGCCAAGUCCAUUGCCUCUUUCGAGUGUCGUACUGGAAAGCGAGUGUCCUAUCUGCUCCUCUUUGUGAAGCUCGCGUUCAUCAUGGGAUUGACGUGGGUUAUCGCGUUUGUCGGAGCCUUCCUUAGCCAUGUCAUCGUUGAUGUGUUUGUGAUCCUCCUAGUCGGACUGCAAGGUGUGUUCCUCUUCUUUGGCUUCAAGGACUACAGACAUUUCCGUAAGCUGUGCCAGUCAAAGAAAAGCCUGUCACGGCUGGGUGCGUCGAGUGCGACCACGGGAUCCAGCGGAGUGUUGUCUAUGGGAUAACGUGCAGACAAGUGCUCCAUGAGUGACAUCCGAAUCGUCACGUGUAUCGUGACGCUAAAUGUACCCCUUCAAAGAAAUACCCAUCUAUUUAUUUAUCAUAUUUAUGUGCAUCUCACGUAGAAAUCCAGCGAAGAGGACGAUCGAACUUUAUUAUAUGAAAUGAAGGACAAGAACAGUGACCUGUGAACAAAAUCAUGCGCAGACAAACGAGCUGCUGUGUCAUUAGAGCAUUAGAGUGUAUGACGACGAACGUAAGGUGCACUGACUGAAGACCAGCAAAAAAAAAAAAAAGAAAAGCAGUUUAUAUUCACAUCUCGUGUUAAAGAUGAGAUGGAAAGGUGUGACAUUCGUCGAGGGCUUCCAUAUAACACCAUGGUGGUUGUUGUAGAUCCCAAGAGAGAAAGCAUAAGAUCACCAUUCGUCCGCUGAAGGUGCUGCGUUUGGGAUUACAGGAACGAUUGACCUUCACAGACACCUACGGUAUGCAAACGCCUUAGGCUGCUGUAGGAAAUGUCUGUGGUAUUCCCAAACACGGCAUUGUCAUCGCACUAUAGCGGUGACGAUAAUAAGACUAUUUUGAGAGCUACGACAGCUGUCAGUGGGUCAGAUAUUAAUAGACACGCACUCGUCGCAAAUACGUCAUUUCUGUGUAACUUCCUCUCCCCGACUUAAGUGCAUCGGUAAGGCUCCCCAAUGCUGGUUGGGUUGCCAACAAAACGCAUUGCGCAAUGACGCGCAAUGAGAACUGAUGUGAACUUGCGUUCUUCAUGCUGACGUUUCAUUUUCGAACAAUUUUCUGUCGUAUUGUCUCGUUUUUGUUAUGUGUGCGCCGAUUCCAAGCGGGGAACGUAGAAAUGUCAAAAGGCUGUCAAACAUUUCGUUACCCUCAACUGCACUUGUCAUAUGCUUGCAAAAGUAAACUUUUUUUUGCACAACAACAAAGAAUGUACUCAGUGACU